AUGGAGCCCAAGGACACCGCUGGGAAAGAAAACAUGGGCACCAAGAGAAAAAACCUGACCUUCCUGAGGCCCAGGCUCUAUAUGCUGGAGAGGAGGAAGACGGACACCCUGGUGGAGAGCGGUGCUUCUGGGGACCACUCCGGCACCUUGCGGAGGAGCCAGUCUGACAGGACCGAGUACAACCAGAAGUUACAAGAAAAGAUGACUCCACAAGCCGAGAGCGCUGCCGCGGAGGCCCCAGGCUCGGAGGAAGAGCACCAGAUGAGGAGGAUGAUGGCCAAACGGGCAAAGAUUAUCAGGGAGCUGAUCCAGACGGAAAAGGAUUAUCUCAGUGAUCUAGAGCUGUGCAUUCGGGAAGUGGUUCAGCCCCUGAGAAACAGACAGAUUGACAGGCUGGACGUGGACAGCUUGUUCAGCAACAUCGAAUCCGUGCAUCAGAUAUCAGCCAAGCUGCUGUCGCUGCUGGAAGAGGCCACAGCAGACGUGGAACCGGCCAUGCAAGUAAUCGGAGAAGCAUUCUUGCAGAUCAAAGGGCCCCUGGAAGACAUCUAUAAGAUCUACUGCUACCACCACGACGAGGCGCACAGUGUACUGGAGUCCUACGAAAAGGAGGAGGAGCUGAAGCAACAUUUGAGCCACUGUCUCCAGUCCUUAAAGUAAGGCCUUUCCGUCUACUCUCAGUUAGGCAAACCAAACUUACUGGACAUGGGCUCUUUGAUGAUCAAGCCCAUCCAGCGUGUGAUGAAAUACCCCUUACUGCUGUGUGAACUUCGGAAUUCCACCCCUGCCUCUCACCCCGAUUACAGAGCACUGGAGGACGCCUUGGCUGCUGUGAAGGGCAUUAACGUGAACAUCAACGAGCUUAAAAGAAGGAAAGAUCUAGUUCUAAAAUACAAGAAGAAUGAUGAGGACGAAUCCCUUAAAGACAAACUGUCUAAACUAAACAUUCAUUCAAUUAGCAAGAAAUCAAAAAGAGUGACAAACCAUCUAAAGAUUCUGACCAGAGGAGAAUCGCAGGUGAAAGACAAUACCUUUAACAGAGAAGAAAAGCUGUUUAGAUCUUUAGAAAAGACUGUGAGGCAUUGUGUGAAGAACAUUUCACUGUGUCUUCAGCACAUACAGGCUGCCAUGCCCUUGGCCCUGCAGAGCGCCAUGGACCUCCGGGAGAUUUCACGCAGGCAAGACGAGGAGGACAGGGGCUAUGCAGAGACCCUGAGUCGUGCCUCAGAUCCCUGUCCUGACUCUGCAGCUCACUUGCAGAGGCUCGUCCUCACCCCCCUGUCAGCCCUGCUGUCUUUAUUCCCGGGGCCUCACAAGCUCAUCCAGAAACGCUACGACAAACUGCUGGACUACAACGGCUACCUGCAGCGGGCAGCAGGAGAUGAGUCGGACCUGGCCAGAAAGGAGUACGAGGCCCUCAAUGCCCAGCUCGUGGAAGAGCUCCAGGUGUUCAACCAGGCUGCCCGGAGGGUCCUGUUGAACUGUCUGUGCAGCUUCAUCGCCCUCCUGAGGGACCUCAUGCUCCUGGCUCAGCGGGCUUAUUCCACAGUGGUGCCGGCUCCAUUGCUGGUCUCGGGCAUUUCUGAGAUUCAGAACCGACUGCUGGAAGAGGUUCAAAGUCUGACUUUUGUAAAAGACAACAGUACCACCUUUAUCGAGAGGAAGCUCAGCUUUGAAAAGAAGAAGCCUGUGCAGAGUCUGCCAGAAACGCCACGUCAAAAUGACGCUCACCGCUCCAAACUUCUAUCCACGUACAACGCAGAGGAACUUUACCAAGCCAAGCGCAAGUGCAAUGCGACUCAGGAACUGGACAUCAACCUUCUGGAAGGAGAGCUGGUGGCUGUGGUGGAACAGAAAGACCCACGGGGGAGUACAGGCAGGUGGCUCGUUGACACAGGAACUAUAAAAGGAUAUGUGUAUUCCUCCUUCCUAAAACCCUACAAUCCAGCAAAAACGCAGAAAGUGGAUGCAGAGAACAGGCUCUGCGAUGAUGAUUUUGACAACAUCAGCCUCUUCGUGUCUUCGCGGCCGGCCGGGGACAGUGUCACGGGCACCCCAGAAAGCAGCAGCAUAAGCGAUAGCGGCUCAUCUCUUAGUGGCCCAUGUGGAAAGUUUGAAACGAAUGGCACCGACGCUGACGGUUUUCAAGAAGUAGAUGAACAGAUUUUCUAUGCAGUUCACGCUUUUCAAGCACGGAGUGACCAUGAACUCAGCCUUCAAGAGUACCAGAGAGUCCAUAUACUUAGGUUUUGUGACUUAAGCGGCAAUAAAGAAUGGUGGUUAGCUGAAGCUCAAGGGCAGAAAGGAUACGUGCCAGCUAACUACCUUGGGAAGAUGACUUAUGCUUAA